AUGAAGAACUAUCUAAUUGCGCUAGCAUUGUUUGGGUUGACCCUCGCGAUGAGGGAUCAGUCGAUUGCCGUCAAGGGGCGCUUGGUGUGCGGUCCAAAAGCGGCCGCCAAUGUUCGAGUGAAGCUGUGGGAGGAGGAUUCAGGACCGGACCCGGAUGACCUGCUUGAUCAAGGGUACACCGACAGCAACGGCGAAUUUCACCUAAAGGGAGGUACCGCCGAGUUGACGCCGAUCGACCCGAUUUUCAAGGUGUACCAUGACUGCGACGAUGGCAUUAAGCCAGGAUCGCGAAAAGUCCGCUUCGGCCUGCCUAAGAAAUAUAUCACAGAGGGAAAAGUGCCGAAACAGGUGUUCGACAUCGGGGUUAUCAACCUAGAGACGGUAUUCUAUGAGGAAGGACGUGAAAUGAUCGUCAGCAAGCGCGCGUUGCCGGAUGAUGACCACGAUGAC